AUUAUGUAAAUAGAAUAUAUUUCAAUAUUUGUUCGUUUCUAUUUUAUAUAAAUAGGAAUAAUGCAAUGAGGAUCGGCUGGAUUCAUAGACUUGUUAAUAGAUGGCCUGGAAAAAAAACAUUCGGUAUAUAUAGAUUUCUUCCAAUGUUCUUUGUAUUGGGAGCUGCUUUAGAAUUUUCUAUGAUUAAUUGGAAAGUUGGAGAAGUAAAUUUUUAUAACACGUUUAAGAAACGUCAAGCUCACGAUAUUGUAGAAGAUAAGAUCAAAAAGUACGCAGCCUCUUAA